AUGGCCCGCGUUGCGCCUCAGCCGCGCUACAUGCGCUGGGCCGAGGUGUCGGGCGGGGCCAAGCUCCGCACGCUCAACCGCGGCGUGUACUCGGCGCUCCUGGUCUUGGCCGACAACGCCAUCAUCACCUCCAGGCUCGGUACCGCGCUCGCCCAGGUCGACCUCGACGUCCCAAGAUCACUCCCCGACGAGCCUCUCUUCCGCGGACUUGAUGCGCCUGCUGCGAGAGAGUUUCUGACUCGUAUGCUCCGUGCCUGGGUUGUUCUCCGCUUUGACGUCGGCUACACCCAGGGCAUCAACUCCAUCGCCGCCAUGCUUCUCUGGGCGACAUGGUCUGAGAUAGGCUUCCCAUCGUCGACCAAGGCACGUGCCAAGAUCGAGGACAUCCUGUUUUGGACUCUUGUCGCACUGCUCACCUUUCAUCUCGAGGGCUACUUUACCCAGACCAUGGAUCGGAUGAAAGACGACGCCGCGCUGCUGGCCGCCAUAUGGGCCUCGCCUGGGCGAGCGCUUGCUGAUCCGGGCGCGCUCCGCCAUGCCGAUGUGGUCCUCACCUGUGGAAAACUACAUGCUGCCGAGCUGGACCCACUGUUGGUUGUCCCCAAGUGGUUCCUCACGCUCUUUACCCAUGUUCUUCCACUCGAGCUCGCCGCGCACGUGUGGGACGGUAUCAUCGAGCACGGCGUGCUUCGGCUCCUCGAGUCGAGCCUCGCCAUUGCAUCCCUUUCCCUCCCCGAGCUCAGCCAGUGCGAACCGUCGGAUGCCAUCGCCAUGGCAUCCAUCCUGCACCGCCCGACCCCGUUUACCCGUGAGGCCUUUGAUGCCGCCGUCGUGGCGUGCGCGCUCCGGCCCGAUGCCCUCUUUGAGGCCGAACAGGCGCUCAUCGGCGAGCGAGCCCGGUCCCAUCUCGACUAGCAAUCCUUGCCUGCCCAUGCGUCUUACAGAGGCCCGGCCGCCACAAGUGCGGCCACUGACC